UGUUUAAUCACCGUUGGAACGUUUGACCAAGUCGCAUGACACGUGAUUGCUGUGCCGGCAGCGAUAUUUUGUGCUGUAGCGGAAUAAUGAGCAACCACAUCAACAUACUGUCAAAGAAAUCCCGAUGACAUUAAAAGCAUAUUAGUUAUUUGUCGAUUGUCAAGUGGCAAACAAAAAUCAAUUGUUGAUUCAGUUAAUUGCUUCAAAUAAAAUUAGUGCAUCCAGAAAAAUAGUGAUUACAGUAUUGUCAAUAAGAAUUGUAUCCAAUUUUUCCAUUCGACCUGCACGAUACGCGAUGAAAAAAUGGACGAAUCAGGCUCCGAAGAUGGCAAUGAAAUAAUGAAUACUGUAAAAGCAAAGCUCGCUGAAUUGAGACCGGAACCAUCUGAAGGGGCGACAAUAUCUGUUCCAGUUGCUGGCAUUGAUUUCGGCGCUGCAUUCACAAGAAUGGCUGUAUUUGAAGGACGCCCUCCUCCUAAAUCAUGCUUUGAAAGUCCAUCCUACGUUGCCUUCACCGAAACUGAACGUCUUAUUGGUAUUCCUGCCAAGAAGCAAGCCGGUAAUAACCAAACCAAUACAGUUUUUGGCGUCAAACGUUUGAUCGGUUGUGAAUUCGACGAUGAAACCGUUCAACCCGAAAACUGGCCAUUCUGUGUUAAGAAUGUUGACAACAAACCAAAAAUUGAAGUUCAAUACAAGGGUCUCACCAAUCAAUUUAGCCCAGAAGAUAUCUCAUCCAUAAUUUUGGCCGAAUUAAAAAGAACCACCGAAGCUUACUUGGACAAAACUGUCAAUGAUGCCAUUGUCACAGUACCAUCUUACUUCAACGAUUCGCAACGUCAAGCGAUCAAAGAUGUUGUAACCGAAUGUGGUUUUGUUGUGCAUCGUAUCAUUGACGAGCCAACUGCCCUCGUCUGUUGCUAUGGAGCGUACAAAAAGUUUUUCCGAAGAGAAUCGAAUAUUUUCGUCUGUGAUUGGGGUGCCAGUCUUGAUAUAACUAUUUUUUCGAUCGAUAUAGAUGGUAAACUUAAGCAGAAAUCAACUGUUCAUGAAACUCACUUGGGAAGCGAAGAAUUCGAUAAAAAUGUAGCCGACCACAUCUUGAAUGAAUUCGAAAAAGAAAUGGGUAGCCAGUGGAUUGCCAAAAAAAAAACAGACAAAAAUGCGAUGCGUAAAUUGUAUGACGACUGCGAACGUGUGAAGAUAGAGCUAUCAACAGAUAACAUUUCGAAUGGGUCAUUUUUAAUAACUAUCACUCGAGAAGUAUUCGAAAAUUUAAACUCCAAAUUGUUCGAAGGGUUAAAGAAGGCAAUCAAAAAGGCUCUUGACAACGCCCAAUUGAAAAAGGAUGAUAUUACCGACAUCGUCUUGCAUUUGUGA